AUGUCUGGCACUUACCUGAGAUGGUGUUCAGUACAACGUUGUUCAUCAAGCUGGAAAGACGGUGCUUUUCAAUGAGAACGUAGGUAUGUUUGUUUCAAUAGAUAAUUCAAUUCUUUAUUUUAUUAUUUUAUUUUUUUAUAUAGUGGAUGGAAAGAAAAAUACAGUAGAAUCAUCAGCUUCAAGUUUGAACCAUGAGGUGUGAUCAUGCUUACGAGACACUACGGAGGAAGAAACCCCUCGCCGAGACCAUAAGUGCUACAACGAAGUUGGCAAAAGUUCUCACAACCCUAGAUCUCACGGCAUUAGGGAUCGGUAGCACCUUAGGUGUAGGUGUUUAUGUGCUUGCUGGUGAGGUCAGUAAGACAACAGCAGGGCCUGCUGUGGUUAUCAGCUUUGCCAUCGCGGCUAUUGCAUCAAUUUUCGCAGGACUGUGUUAUGCCGAAUUUGGGGCGCGCGUGCCUAAGGCAGGUUCUGCCUACAUCUACAGCUAUGUGACCAUUGGCGAGUUUAUAGCAUUUGUUAUCGGAUGGAAUUUAGUGUUGGAGUACGCAAUUGGAUCUGCAAGUGUGGUCAAAGGCCUUAGUACAUACUUAGACUCCCUAAUCGAUCAUGUCAUGAGUGAUGCCUUUAAGUCUUUUGCUUCAAUGAACGCCGGUGCGCUUGGUGACUAUGUGGACUUUUUUGCCUUUGGGGCCACAAUGGUUUUUUCAAUUGCCUUGGCAUUGGGCGUCAGGGAAUCUGUGUCCAUCAACAACAUCUUCACCCUCACUAACCUAGCUGUUGUGCUUUAUGUUGUGGUAACUGGAGCAUUUCGUGCGGAUCCAGCUAACUGGAGUAUCCCACCUGAAGAUGUACCAACAGACCGUGAUCAAGAUUUUGGGCAAGGUGGUUUUGCUCCCUAUGGCUUUGCAGGAAUUAUCAAAGGUGCAGCUAUAUGUUUCUACGGCUUCAUUGGAUUUGACUGCAUUGCCACAGCUAGUGAGGAAGCUCGUAAUCCUCGUCGCUCAAUCCCAUUGUCAAUCAUCAUUUCGCUGAGUGUGAUCUUUGUGGCAUACUUUUCUAUCUCUACGAUCAUCACAAUGAUGCUGCCGUAUUUCGAUCAGGAUGUCAAUGCUCCAUUGCCACAUGUCUUCAGGUACUAUGGUUGGACUGUGGCGCAGUACAUUGUGAGUGUAGGUGCGAUCUUUGGACUUUGUGCCAGUCUCAUGGGUGCAAUGUUUCCCUUACCUCGUGUCAUCUACGCCAUGUCCAUCGAUGGACUGAUCUUUGAGUUUAUGGGACGCAUCCAUCCGCGAUUCAAAACACCCUUAAUCGGGACACUUGUAGCGGGUUUUCUUACUGGAACUCUAGCAGCGAUCUUUAAUCUAGAUCAACUGGUUUCCAUGAUGUCCAUUGGAACUCUUUUGGCAUAUUCAAUGGUAGCUGGAUGUGUCCUUCUUCUGCGAUAUGAAGUAGAUGAUCCAUCUUCCAAGGGCUCAGGCUUUUCGCUUGGACAGUUCCUCAAUAUAGAGAAACUCAAUGCUCCAACAAGGUUUACAUCAGGCCUAGUUACAUGGUCUGUUACUAUCUACUGUGUGUGGUGUUUAGGAUUAUCUUUAGUGAUCACACAGCUUGAAGACUACAUAGAUCAGUGGUAUUCUAUUCUUAUGAUAUGCGUAUUUGGCAUUCUAAUCAUCUUGACUCUCCUUAUGAUAAGCCGACAACCAAGAUCUAGCCGAGAGAUUACCUUCACAGUUCCUCUGGUUCCAUGGCUUCCUGGCCUCUCCAUUCUCAUUAACAUAUACUUAAUGACUCAAUUGGAUGUGAUGACAUGGAUCAGAUUUGGAGUGUGGAUCCUUGCAGGCCUUAUCAUCUACUUUACCUAUGGCAUUUGGCACAGCGGCAUGAGAUUCAAGGCAACGUCUAACUCUAACACAUCCUUAGCUACAGAAAGCCGAAGUAACUUAGUUAUAGAAGAACAAUCCCUCCCUGAUGGUACUCUUGCCACCAGGCUCUAAAUAUAAAAAUACAUUUUAUACUGAGAGAUCAGGAUGAUUUUGA